UUUAGCACGAUUUUAAGUACUGUUGUGGCCACGUUUAACAAUUCUCAUGGCAAAAACACAAUUUCCCCGCCUAAAAUCCUAACUGUCAACAAUUAGUUAAUUUGAGUUGCGGUAAAACGUCAAACCAAAGAUUUCCUGCAACGCCAUUGGUCAAUAUCCCGUGGAUCAACCUCAACGCGACACGUGUCCAAAAGAUCUGAAUCAUCUUCGAAAAUUCUAGACAAACAUACGCAAUGUAUUUAAACAUUCUCUGAUUCUCUCUCCAAUUUUCUUCUUCACUCUCCUACAAACCAAAAAAAAAAAAAAAAAGUUGCUGCUAGAAAAACUUCAUAUUUCCAGAAAAUUCAAUUUAACAAAUAUGGGUUUUCGUGUGAAAUUCGCAUCAAUUAUAAUUGUAGCCUUGAUUAUCAUCGCUGCAGAAGCUAAGAAAUCAUUAGACCCAUAUAAGGUUUUGGGUGUUGAUCGGAAUGCUAGUCAACGUGAUAUUAAGAAGGCAUUUCACAAGCUUUCAUUACAGUAUCAUCCUGACAAAAACAAGAAUAAAGGUGCUCAAUCGAAGUUUGAAGAGAUAAAUAAUGCUUAUGAAAUUUUAUCCGAUGAGCAAAAGAGGAAAAACUAUGAUCUCUAUGGUGAUGAGAGAGGCGGCCCUUCCUUUGAUGAUGGGAAUGGUGGAUAUAGGCACUUCACAAAUGGUGGAUCAGGUCAAUGGCAGCAUAUGGGCGGGGGUGGGGACAGCCAGUCUUUCUCCUUCUCCUAUGGGGGACCUGGUGGUGGAAACCCAUUUGGUUUUGGUCUUAAUGAUAUCUUUUCAAACUUUUUUGGUGGUGACAUGGGCAGUGGUUCAGGCUUUGGUGGUUUCGGCAACUUUGGUGGUUCAGCUGGAUCACAAUCUGGGUUUAAGAAGCCUCCCAAGAUUGUUCGUGCUGUAAGUUCACAAAUAUUUGAGAAAGAAAUAAAUGGCAAGGGAAUUACCUGGCUUCUGCUAUCUUAUACACCCUCAGCAGUGUCAGUCCAGCAGUAUGAAUCAAUCUUAGAGGAGACUGCUAACUCAUUGAAGGGAGCUAUGAAAGUUGGUAAAUUAAAUUGUGAGAAUGAGCCUUCUUUCUGUAAGAAUCAUGGAAUCUAUCCACGUAGAGCACCGAGAUUGUUUGUGUAUUCAUACAUAACAAGUGUGAGUGGUUCCUUUGUGGAGUAUAAUGAUGAGUGGGAUAUCAAAAGCUUGAAAAGUUUCUGCCAGGAACAUCUGCCAAGGUUUUCAAGACGUAUUAGCUUGGAUAACUUUAAGCCUUCUUUUGGUGCGGGGGAAAAAUUACCUCGAGUUAUGCUUCUUUCAACCAAGAAAGAUACCCCAAUGAUUUGGCGUACUCUCAGUGGCUUGUAUCGUCAACGAUUUAUCUUCUAUGACGCGCAGGUUUAUGAUGUUUCUGAUCCAGAGGUCAAAAGGUUAGGGGUUAACGCACUUCCAGCUAUAGUAGGAUGGUUGUCAAAUGGAGACAAACAAAUACUAAAAGCAGGAAUAUCUGUAAGGGAUUUGGAGUCGGCUGUUCAGGAACUCGGUGUCUUACUUGAUGGCUUUGAAAAGAAGAAUAAGAAUGCUGCAAGUCGGACCAAGAAGUCCGAGAGUGAAUCUUCUAGCAAUAAAGUACCACUCUUGACAGCAUCAAACUUCCCUUCACUUUGCGGAGAAGAAAAUACUGUUUGCUUAAUUGGUGGUUUCAGAUCAUCAAAAGCCAGAGACAAACUUGAAUCUAUUCUCUCAAUGGUUUCUCAGAAAUCAUUAUCAAGAAGAAGAAAUCUUUCAUCUGAAUCCAAGGAUUCUAUCACCUAUACUAUGGUAGAUGCGACGAAGCAGCAAUCCUUCCUGGAUGCUUUUGACAAAUCUGGAUUCAGGUUGUCAAAUAGUUUCUUGGUGGCCUAUAAACCUCGGAAAGGGAGGUAUGCAGCAUUUACAGGGGAUCUGAAUGCUGAAGAAGCAGAGAAGUUCAUCAGCUCGGUUCUGAGUGGCGAUGUGCAAUUUAGUAAGACGCGGCAAAAACCAAGAAUCAAGUAGAAGGAUUAGGAUAUUGCAAUGUUUGUAGUAGAAUCUGUAAAAAUUAGUGUACAUAGAAAAUGAAAAUGGAUUCAAUCAAGAGUAUUUUGAACAAGAUCAUCCACCAAAAUGCAGGUAUGCUGAUCAAGUGUUUCUGGGUAUUUCGUUUCUGAGUGAUUGAAAAUGGGUCUUUUAUUGUACAUCCUGGAAGAUAUGAAGGAUACCCUGUGAAAAUUUGGGCUGUAUUUUUCAAUCCUUGCGAGGGAUUUGAAUUGGUAUAAUGCAACGGCAAUUUAUACUAUAAUCUUGGAUAAUGAUUAUAAAUAAACAUUUGGAUUGUAUGGGUGUUAACUAGUUUAGUUAGUUAAAGUUGUAAGAGGUUUGUAAUCAUUAAGGCGGAUAAGUUUUCCUCAUUUCCAAAAUGUCUGUAAGAUGUUUUAGACUAUACAAUUUUAUUUAUGAUACAUUGUUGAUUGUCAA